UCUCGGAAAUGGCAGCGGCGGUUCUUCAUCCUCUACGAGCACGGCCUCCUGCGCUACGCCCUGGAUGAGAUGCCCACGACCCUCCCACAAGGCACCAUCAACAUGAACCAGUGCACAGACGUGGUGGAUGGUGAGGGCCGCACUGGCCAGAAGUCUUCCCUGUGCAUCUUGACGCCUGACAAGGAGCACUUCAUCAGAGCUGAGACCAAGGAGACCAUCAGCGGGUGGCUGGAGAUACUCAUGGUCUAUCCUAGGACCAACAAGCAGAACCAGAAGAAGAAGCGCAAGGUGGAGCCACCCACACCACAGGAACCAGGACCUGCCAAAGUGGCUGUGACCAGCAGCAGCAGCAGCAGCAUCCCAAGUGCAGAGAAGGUCCCCCCCACCAAGUCCACACUCUGGCAGGAAGAAAUGAGGGCCCAGGACCAGCCGGACGGGAGCAGCCUGAGUCCAGCUCAGAGUCCCAGCCAGAGCCAGCCUCCCGUGGCCAGCUCCCUCCGAGAGCCAGGGCUGGAAAGCCGAGAAGAGGAGAGCACCAUGAGCAGCGACCGCAUGGACUGUGGCCGCAAGGUCCGUGUAGAGAGUGGCUACUUCUCCCUGGAGAAGACCAAGCAAGACCUGAAGGCUGAGGAGCAGCAGCUCCCCCCACCGCUCUCCCCUCCCAGCCCCAGCACCCCCAACAACAGGAGGUCCCAAGUCAUUGAGAAGUUUGAGGCCUUGGACAUUGAGAAGGCAGAGCACAUGGAGACCAAUGCCUCAGCUGUGACCCCACCGUCGAGUGACACGCGACAAGGUCGCAGCGAGAAGAGGGCAUUCCCUAGGAGGCGGGACCUCACCAGCGAAGCCCCCACAGCUCCGCUCUCAGACGCCACGACCUCCCCCCUGUCUCCACACCGACGAGCCAAGUCACUGGACAGGCGGUCCACGGAGUCCCCCAUGACGCCCGACCUGCUGAACUUCAAGAAAGGUUGGCUGACCAAGCAGUAUGAGGAGGGCCAGUGGAAGAAGCACUGGUUUGUCCUCGCCGACCAAAGCCUGAGAUACUACAGGGAUUCCGUGGCUGAGGAGGCGGCUGACUUGGAUGGGGAGAUCGACCUGUCCACUUGUUACGACGUCACGGAGUAUCCAGUCCAGAGGAACUAUGGCUUCCAGAUCCAUACCAAGGAGGGCGCGUUCACCCUGUCGGCCAUGACCUCCGGGAUCCGGCGCAACUGGAUCCAGACCAUCAUGAAGCACGUGCACCCCGCCACCGCCCCGGACGUGACCAGCUCCCUGCCAGAGGAGAAGAGCAAGAGCAGCUCCCCUUUGGAGGCCUGCCCAAGGCCCAGUGACAAGCCCGAGGCCGAGCCCGGGGAGCCCGACCCGGAGCUGAAGAGGAGCCGUGCCCGGGAGCGGAGGCGGGAGGGCCGCUCCAAGACCUUUGACUGGGCCGAGUUCCGCCCCAUCCAGCAGGCCCUGGCUCAGGAGAGGGCUGCCCGGCCCCCCAACACCCAGGAGCCUGGGCACCCCGAGGCAGAGCCUGGUGAGCUGGAACGGGAGCGUGCACGUCGCCGGGAAGAGCGGCGCAGGCGCUUCGGGAUGCUGGAUACCCCGGACGGAGUGGGCGCUGAGGACGCGGCCCUGCGCAUGGAGAUUGACCGGAGCCCGGGGUUGCUUGGCCCCAGCGACCUGAAGGCGCAGAACGUCCAUGUGGAGAUCGAACAACGCUGGCAUCAGGUGGAGACCACCCCACUGCGGGAAGAGAAGCAGGUGCCCAUCGCCCCCCUGCACCUGCCCUCCGAGGAUGGCACUGAUCGCCUCUCUACGCACGAGCUGACCUCCCUGCUGGAGAAGGAGCUGGAGCAGAGCCAGAAGGAGGCCUCGGACCUUCUGGAGCAGAACCGGCUCCUGCAGGACCAGCUGAGGGUGGCCCUUGGCCGCGAGCAGAGUGCCCGUGAGGGCUACGUGCUGCAGACUGAAGUGGCCACCUCCCCAUCGGGUGCCUGGCAGAGACUCCAUAAAGUCAACCAGGACCUGCAGAGAGAGCUGGAAGCCCAGUGCCAGCGCCAGGAGCUGAUCACGCAGCAGAUUCAGACCCUGAAGCGUAGCUAUGGGGAGGCCAAGGACGCCAUCCGGCACCACGAGGCCGAGAUCCGGAGCCUGCAGGCGAGGCUCAGCAAUGCCGCGGCCGAGCUGGCCAUCAAGGAGCAGGCGCUGGCCAAGCUGAAGGGCGACCUGAAGCUGGAGCAGGGCAGGGUCCGGGAGCAGCUGGAGGAGCGGCAGCAGCGUGAGGCCGUGCUUAGCGCCCAGCUGAGGGCCAGCGAGCAGAAGCUGCAGAGCGCCGAGGCCCUGCUCCUGGAGAGGACGCAGGAGCUGCGAGGCCUGGAGACGCAGCAGGCACUGCAGCGGGACCGGCAGAAGGAAGUGCAGAGGCUGCAGGAGCGGGUGGCUGCGCUCAGCCAGCAGCUGGGUGCCAGCGAGCAGGCUCAGCGGCUGAUGGAGGAGAAGCUGCAGAGCAACUACGCGCUGCUGCUGCAGAGCUGUGAGGAGGAGAAGCGGGCGCUGCUGCAGAGCCUGAAGGAGCUGGAGGACAAGGCCAGCGCCUACGAGGACCAGCUGCAGGGCCACGCGCAGCAGGUGGAGGCCCUCGAGAAGGAGAAGCUGAGCGCCAGGUGCGAGGGCAGCGAGCAGGUGCACCAGCUGGAGCAGCAGCUGGAGGCGCGGGAGACCAGCCUGCGCCAGCUCGCUGAGCACGCGCAGCACCUGCGGGAGGAGCGCGACCUCAGCAGGCAGCGGCUGACGGAGCUGACGGAGCGGGUGGCCGCGUCCCACCACGAUGUGGCCGCCCUGCAGGAGAAGCUGAGCGGGCGGGAAGCGGACUACAAGAGCCUGGAGCGCUCCUACCACAGCGUCUCGGAGCAGCUGCAGAGCGCGCACACACUGCUCCGGCAGAGGGAGGAGGAGCUGCAGCGCAUCAAAGACGCGCACGAGGGCGUGCUGGAGAAGAAAGAGCAGGAGCUCCGCGAGGCUCUGGUUAAAGUGGUCGCCCUGGGCAGCAGCUUGGAGGAAACAGAAAUAAAGCUGCAGGCCAAGGAAGAGAUUUUAAGGAAGUUUGCAGAGGAGUCUUCGGGGGCCCUGGAAGACAGAGAGCAAGAGGGGGGCAUUGCCCUUCCAGGCCAGCAGCACCCAGCUGCCAGCAGCACACCCUCGGGCUUCCCACACGCGCGGCUGGAAGACGAGGCCCCAGCAGCUGCCCUGGGGGACGAGGGUGGUGAUGGCAGCCCUGGCAAAGAGGAGGGCACGGCACCGCCCAAGUCGGCCGAAGUGUCCAGCAGGGAGGGCCAUGUGCAGAGCUCAGCCAAGCCUGACGCGGGAGCAGCUGGGGGAAAAAGGCAGAGAAUCCGGUUCUCCACGAUCCAGUGCCAGAAGUACGUGCAACCCGAGGGGUCUGAGAAGACCUGGACCAGCAGCACGUCGUCGGACACCAGUCAGGAGCGCUCGCCCUCUGAGGAGAGCGUGUGUUCGGAGGCCGCGCCCGGCGCUCUGCCCGCAGCCAGUGAUGCAGAGACGUACCUGUCCAUCAUCCACUCCCUGGAGACCAAGCUCUACGUCACAGAGGAGAAGCUCAAGGACGUGACCCUGAGGCUGGAAAGCCAGCAGGGCCAGAGCCGGGAGGCACUGCUCGCGUUGCACCAGCAGUGGGCUGGCGCUGAGGCGCAGCUCCGCGAGCAACUUCGCGCCAGCCUGCUGCAGGUCGGCUCCCUGGCUGCCCAGCUGGAGCAGGAGAGACGCGAGAGGGCCUCGGGUGUCGAGAGCCACGUCGGGGAGCUGGGGGACUUCCAGGUGAAAAACAGCCAGGCCCUGUCGUGCUUAGAGAGCUGCCGGGAGCAGCUGAGGCUGCUGCCACGGGCCGGCCAGGACAAGCAGGAUGCGGGCCCGACCUCCCUGGCUGGCAUGGAGAGCGCGCUCGUGAGCGUCAUGCAGGCCCUGCAGCCCUGGCCCGGCCCUGCAGACAGCGGGGUGCAGGCAUGGCUAGAGGAAAGACGGCUGGUGGAGGGCGGGGCGGGCCCCCCGGCCCAGGGCCCUCAGCCGGAGCUGAGUGAGCAGCAGCAGGUGAAGCUGCUGUCCGACCAGAUCGCCCUGGAGGCCUCUCUGAUCAGCCAGAUAGCGGAUUCUCUGAAGAGCACCACCUUGGAUGUGUCCCGCGUCCUCAGUGAGCUGUCGCGAGCAGGGGAACUGUCCCUGGAGGCUGAGCGGGGUACGCACUUGGCCCUGGCGCCCGCAGAGGCCUGGGCCAGGAAGGUGCUGGUAGACGGCGAGUUCUGGAGCCAGGUGGAAUCCCUGAGAAAGCAUCUGGGGACACUGGGAGGAGAAGCUGCCAGCGUCCCGGGAGGCGGGCAGCAGCAUGUCCCGCAGGGCCUGGCCGAGGCCACGUGGGUCAGGGCAGAGCUCAGCUUCGCCACGCAGUCAGUGAGGGAGUCGUUCCAGCACAGGCUGCAGAGCGUCCAGGAGACCCUGCAGGGGACGCAGCGGGCCCUGCGGCAGCACAAGUGUAUGCUGGGAGAGAUCCUGAGAGCCUAUCAGACACCGGACUUUGAGCGCGUGGUGCAGCGGGUGUCAGAGGCCCUGGGGCCGGCGGUGGGCAGCGAGGACAGUGUGCGCACGUUCUGGGAGCUGAGCCCUUCAGAAGCGCUGGGUCCGGACACAGAGGGCUCCCAGGAUCCCUUGCGGGGGCCGCAGCAGAACCCGCAGGCCCUCGUGGCCAUCCAGGAAGAGCUGGCUCAGCAGCUGAAGGAGAAGGCCAGGCUGCUGGAGGAGAUCUCGGCUGCCCUCCCGUCUCUGCCGCCCUGGGAGUCACUCGGGGGCUGCCGGAGGCUCCUGCAGGCGUCUCACGAGCUCUCCUAUAGCGCCUGCCUGGGAGGCCUCGGGCAGUACUCGUCCCUGCUGGUUCAAGACGCCAUCGUGCAGGCGCAGGUGUGCUACGCAGCCUGCAAGAUCCGGCUCGAGUACGAAAGAGAACUCCGCUUCUACCGGGAGUCCUGGCAGAGCGGGGGCACCUCCUGCCAGGAGCAGGCGCUGCGCGAGGAGUACGAGGAACUGCUCCACAAACAGAAAAGCGAGUACCUGCAGCUGAUCGCCAUCAUUGAAAGGGAGAACGCCGAGCUCAAAGCCAGGGCCAGCCAGCUGGGCCAGCAGCAGGCAGAGAGCGAGCGCAGUGAGAGCACUCCACCGCAGGGCAGCUGCGUGGCAGAGCACAGCCGGGUGGGGAGCCAGCUGGGCGCCUCGGCCAGGGACAGUCAGGACCUGGAGCGGCACCAUGGGCAGCAGAUGCAGACCCUGGAGGAUCGGUUCCAGCUCAAGGUCAAGGAGCUGCAGACGAUCCACCAGGAGGAGCUGAGGGCCCUGCAGGAGCACUACUCGCACAGCCUGCGCCACCUGCAAGAGACCCUCGGCCUUGGCCCACAGCCUCUGCCCGAGGCCCUGCCACCCCCCGGCGCCACCUGGCCAGCCCAGCCCGCCGUGGCCCUGGGGGAGGCCGACUCCAUGACGGGUCUGCGGGAGCGCAUCCAGGAACUGGAGGCCCAGAUGGACAUGAUGCGGGAGGAGCUGGGCCACAAGGAGCUGGAAGGUGACACGGCCUCCCUGCGUGAGAAAUACCAGCGGGACUUGGAGAAUCUCAAGGCCACGUGCGAGCGCGGCUUUGCCGCCAUGGAGGAGACGCAUCAGAAGAAGAUCGAGGACCUGCAGAGGCAGCACCAGCGGGAGCUGGAGAAGCUGCGGGAGGAGAAGGACCGGCUCCUCGCCGAGGAGACCGCCGCCACCAUCUCAGCCAUUGAAGCCAUGAAGAAUGCCCACCGGGAGGAGAUGGAGCGGGAGCUGGAGAAGAGCCAGCGGUCGCAAAUCAGCAGCAUCAACUCCGACAUCGAGGCGCUGCGGCGGCAGUACCUGGAGGAGCUGCAGUCAGUCCAGCGCGAGCUGGAGGUGCUGUCGGAGCAGUACUCGCAGAAGUGCCUGGAGAACGCGCACCUGGCGCAGGCGCUGGAGGCUGAGCGGCAGGCCCUGCGGCAGUGCCAGCGCGAGAACCAGGAGCUCAAUGCACACAACCAGGAGCUGAAUAACCGCCUGGCCUCAGAGAUCACACGGUUACGGACCCUGCUGACCGGGGAUGGGGGCGGAGAGGCUGCUGGGUCGCCCCUCACACAGGGCAAAGAUGCCUACGAGUUGGAGGUCCUACUGCGGGUCAAGGAGUCCGAGAUCCAGUACCUGAAGCAGGAGAUCAGCUCCCUCAAGGACGAGCUGCAGACGGCGCUGCGGGAUAAGAAGUACGCAAGCGACAAGUACAAAGACAUCUACACGGAGCUCAGCAUCGCCAAGGCCAAGGCCGACUGUGACAUCAGCAGGUUGAAAGAGCAGCUGAAAGCAGCCACAGAGGCGCUAGGGGAGAAGCCCCCCGAGAGCGCUGCUGUGGGCUAUGACAUCAUGAAGUCCAAGAGCAACCCUGACUUCCUGAAGAAGGACCGAUCCUGUGUCGGCCGGCAACUCCGAAACAUCAGGUCCAAGAGUCUGAAGGAAGGCCUGACGGUGCAGGAGCGGCUGAAGCUCUUUGAAUCCAGGGACUUGAAGAAAGACUGAGCAGAGGGCGCUCCCGGCUGCCCUCCCCUCCCCCGGCUCUGUGCCUUCCUCGUCGUUGCUGUCCCUGCUGUCACUAACUGGGUUUGGAUGCAUGAGAGACUGGGCGGCCCCACCCUGCCCUGCGAUUCCAGCUUCCUGUCGUCUGUGGCACACGGCUUUUCCUCUGUGGUUUCCUGAAACGAGGCAGGCGGCACGGCUGGUGGGGGCCCCCCUUGGCCAUCCCCACUGCACUCAGUAUUAAGGCCGGGGGUCCCCAGGGGCGCUGGAGGGCCGGCACCUGUUAGCUCCACUGAUGCAGCUUUGCUCACAGCCCACGUAGCCCGCAGGACUCCUCACGGCCUGGAGGGGGUUGAAGGCAGCCAUUCCGGUUUUUGGUUUUUUUUUUUUUUUUUUUAUUAAAUCUUGCACAAACCCCGGCCCUCGGCCCUCUCGUUCCUUCCGCUGUCACUCCCCGGGCUCUGGCGUGUGGCCAAGAGCUCGCCCCACAGAGCAGUGCCGUGUGGCCUAGGAGGCGCUCAGGCCCCUGGCACGUUGCCACGAAGGUGCGAAGGAGCCGAGGACUGCAGGCCACAACCCUGGGCAGCUGCCAGUCCUUGAACCACUGGACAAGACCUGUGUAGUGCGCAGGAAGCUCCCCUUGCAGUUGGUGCCACCAGGAGCCAGCAGCCUCAGUAAAGUGGUGAGCCAACUUAGAGCCACGUGAGAGCCAGCAGCGCCGAGUCAACCUGGCCUCAUUCUGCACCUGCACUGAGGUGGGGAAGGGGCACCCUCUUCCCUGGAGGGCUUGGGGUGCUCUCCUGGCCUCGAACCUGCACCCUCUCAGUUUUGGGGCAUGGCCUAUGCCUGCCUAGAUUGCCAGGGGAUCCCGUGAGGGACCGCAGGUGGCUUGGUGGUGCUGCGCCCAGAGCGGCUGGUGCCAUUCCUCCGUCCGCCCAUCUGUCCUCAGCUGCCACAGAUGGCGCCUGCAGGCAGCAAAGACCCCACUCCAGGGCUUCGCUGCCUGUGUCCCCCUCAGGGCCCACGGCCCUCGAGUUCAGGGAAGAGAGAAUUUUGAUCCAGGCAUAGAGGUGGCUUCUGUCUGGGUGGGCGAAGAGCCCCGGGCCAGGCCAGGCUGCGCUCACAGCUGCCGCUGCUGGCGGGCCAUCCCUCUGCAGCGCACACCUGCGGGGGGGCUGCGGUUGGGACUGGGCCACGUGGAGUCACAGUGGUCAGAGCACAGGUCCCAACAUCACUUAAAAAAUCAGGGACCCCUUUGACCCCAAAAAAGAGGGAGGAAAUGGAGGAUUUUUCAUGUUGCAAAGGACAGGGUAGUGUUGAAAUCACACCGAAGGGCGAGUUAGGUAUGAGGUGGUGGGGCCUGUGGGUGUGACACGCAGCGCUUUCUGGGCCACUUUGGAGGGCCCUGGCUGACGGCUGGCCCCUGUGCGUGCCCGUCUCCCGCCCUGGCCUCUCAGCUCUCGGGGAGGCUGCGUGCCCCAUUGCUAGGCACACCCUCGUCACAGGGUGUCGGGGGGACGUGGUCACACAGUCCCAGGGCUGGGCGGCGGGCAACGUGGCAGUGAAGGCACUUUGGCCCGCGCGGGGCACAGCGAGGGUGUCCCCUGGGUGCACAUCACAGCUGGGGCACGCACCUUGGGUGGCGUUGGUCCAAGCACCCAGGUACCCACCUGGAAUGUUCAGGAGACGGGCAGAGUGGGUGAACGUGGGCUCCCCGGCGGCGGGCUGCAGGAUGCCCGAGCGGGGAUACAGGUCUCCCCAGGACCGCCAUGUGCAAGUGUGGUGAAGCAGGUGGGAGCAGCGCAGCCCCGCCGGCUGGUGCUGGCCACGCAGAGCUUCCUGCAGCGUGGCUCCCGGAGGACGUGAGAACUGACUGGGCUACUGAUGGACACUGGCGUGUUGGCGCAGAGGACGUCACGGCUGGCGGCACACGGCUGCAGCCCGCCCCGGCCCUGAGAACUUGCACCAAGGGGUCACAGGCUGGCAGGGAGCCCUGGGCACCGGGAGGGGUCUCCGUGUUGUCCUUGCUAUGGCAGGCCGGGCUCUGCAGAUGUAGCUGUUCGUUUGUAUUCUGUAAAUACUCCGACUUUACAUAACUCCAUCAUAAUAAACUAUUUUUGGCUCA